UUGUGUUACGUAGAGAAGUCUGGCUCGGAUAUUUCUUCAACUCGAGGUCCGCUAUCCGAAGUCGACUAUUGAAGUGUUGAUGCCAGAGUAGACAACAUUUUAUUCACAUUUCGUUGUUUUCGGAUUAUAAACGUUAUGCUUGACCACCAUCGUGGAUGUGUGUAAAGUCGGAUUGGACAAGUAGUCACGACAUUUAUCCGGUUUUCUACUAAAGGAAUGUUUUUUCUUCCUCUUUUCAGCAACUAACGAUACAAGUGUUCCGCUUUUCCAGUAGGGCUGUUCAAGUACACCAGUCGGCUUUUAGGCUUUUUCUCAUGUAGCCUAGUUUUUCUUUGCAGGGAAAAACCUUCCGUUUUUCGCGUGAUUUUCUUACGUCUUCCGGUGGAUUGUGAUUGUGGCAACUAUUUCUUCCGUAGAUUCCAUGUAACCGUGUCUUCGAGCUCAGCCCUGUGGGUUUUGGUACUUGGAUAAGAGUGACUAAAAAGUUAGGCUACUUGUCGUAAAUGGAUCGCCAUUCCAGUUUCAUUUCCAUUUGGCUACAACUGGAACUCUGUGCCAUGGCUGUUCUUCUCACUAAAGGAGAAAUACGGUGUUACUGCGAUGCCCCCCACUGUGUGGCCACGGGCUACAUGUGUAAAUCUGAUCUAAACGCCUGUUUCACCAAGGUGCUGGACCCAAUGAACUCUAACUCUCCCCUCACGCACGGGUGUCUAGAUCCCAUAGCGAACGCUGCCGACAUAUGCAGCUCUAAGAACACAAAUGCCCUGAGUGAGGGUUUGUCUAUGCUGGAGUGCUGUCACGAGGACAUGUGCAACUACAGAGGCCUUCACGACCUGGCUCACACCAGAGAAUCCACAGACCACGGCCGGUACCAGCCCGAGAGCAACAACCGCCACCUGGUCACGCGGGUACAGGAGCUGGCCUCGGCCAAAGAGGUGUGGUUCAGGGCAGCGGUGAUCGCGGUGCCCAUCGCCGGAGGCCUCAUCCUGGUCCUCCUCAUCAUGCUGGCCUUACGGAUGCUCCGCAGCGAGAACAAGCGGCUGCAGGACCAGAGACAGCAGAUGCUGUCACGGCUCCACUACAGCUUCCACGGCCACCACACCAAGAAGGGCCACAUGGCGAAGCUAGACCUGGAGUGUAUGGUGCCCGUGACAGGACACGAAAACUGCUGCCUCACCUGUGACAAGAUGAGACAGGCAGACCCGGGGAACGACAAGAUACUGUCUCUGGUACACUGGGGGAUGUACAGUGGGCAUGGGAAGCUGGAGUUCGUAUGACUUACUUUUCUAAGUUGGUUUGACUUUACUUAAUGCCUCCCCCGCCCAAAAAACAGCCAAGACUGUCUCUCCUCUACUCGUUGGGUUUCCUCUUUUAAUUUUAAAAAUGAAUCCCCAGUUUUGUCUAUUUUACUUAACAGCUGGUUUUUUUCAAUGGAGGAAAGAAAAGAGGACUGAACUGAACGCAAGCCUUGUGGUUUUUGCUAAAGGAGCACUUUACUUGAAAAUGAAAGGCAAACCAUCGAGGCUCUAUUUAAACUUGAGGACAGGACUGACCGACGGACUGAGAAAGCCCUGUCAAGACCCUGUCUGCAUGUGGAUCCUGGACUAUACAGGGAGCGCUGAAGGAUUCCAAAUCUGUCUUAUUUGCACAUUUGUAAAAAGUAAAAUAAGUUGUUUUGCUUAAAAAGAAGCUAAAUAGAAGAAGACUUUUACACUGACACCAGGGUUAAACAAAAAAUAAAAUAGUUCAAUAAUUCAGUGUUGACUGUAGGUGUGUGCACUCCUCUGUGUACGUUUCUUGAUCCAAGCCUAUUGUAAAGAUUUAAAAUAUAUAUAUUUUUGUCUGAAAGAAA